AUGGUUUACUAUUCCGUUUAUAGCUGUGUACCAAUUCUAGCGACUAUCAUGAUAUCGGUAUAUGGCCUAUCACCACCAUUGUCAGAAGAGGCCCUAAAUUCAUUGGACAAAGACGUUCGCUACUCUAUAUUUCAUUCGAAGAUCCAUCACCAUGGUAACCAUUCUACGAAAACUUCAUUCAAGAGUAUGUACGUGGGUGAAGGAGGGAAAAUUUACAGCACACCACAAAUAUUUGCGCAGACAAUCAAUGUCGACGCCACACAGGCAGUGUCUAGCGACAUUUUAUGGAAGGCUACAGUAAUCGUGGCCAACAUGGUGAGGUACAUGCCCGCGGACAUCUUCGCCGGUGUAGCUAACAGCCAUGGCGUAGGAAUAUUCACUGCCGCAGAUGGUGCCACUGCUUUUCCAGAGAACGCACAUCUAGCAGAUACUCCUCAGUGUCAUGGUAUAUGCUCUGGAGCAUGUGCACAUACAUGUACAACUGACGGACGUAAGUAUUCAACAAUUGCCGGAAUUACCAAUUCCCGGUCUGUGGCACUCUCUGUCAAUGUUGGCUGUCAGACUGGAGACCCUCAAGCGGGAAAGGAAAACAUUCUGGUGCACGAGUUCGGACACCUUGUAUUGAUGUACAUGCCACAGACAUACAGAAGUCAGUUGAUCACCGCCUACAACUAUGCAUCCCAACAUAAUGUAUGGUAUCCAGGAUACGAGCUUAGCAACAAGGAUGAGUAUUGGGCCGAGGCAACGGCUUCUUUCUUCAAUGUCAUAACAAGGGAUGACGGACCAGCAGGUGGAAUGAAUAAGUGUGAAUUCACCCACAUUUGCACUUCUGAGACGGAGAACAGAGCCUGGCUAAAAAAGCAUGACCCAUGGUUAUUCAAUGUCCUCAGCAAAGUCUACACCAACAACCAUCCUGAGUACCCUAGUGGACUGCGGAUAUGUAUGUAA